GACAGUGAUGAGCGGGCGCGCGGGGAGGCUGCACGCCGCUGCCGCCGCCGCCGCCUGGAGCAUCAGCCGCCCGAGCUGCUGCUCGCCGCCGGGGCCCCGGCCAUGGAGACGCUGAACGGCCCCGCGGGCGGCGGCGCCCCAGACGCUAAGCCGCAGCCGCCCAGCCAGCACCACCGCCACCACCACCUCCACCCGCUGGCCGAGCGGAGGCGGCUGCACCGCGCGCCCUCGCCUGCCAGACCCUUUCUCAAGGACCUGCACGGGCGGCCUGCGGCCCGCCCGGUCGCCCCCUCUUCGGGCCGAGCCGCGGCGCCCGCCGCCCCGCGCUCGCCCAGCCUCGCGGGCAAGGCGCCGCCCUCGCCGGGGCCCUUGGCCGCGCCCGGCCGCCUCUCCCGGCGCAGCGGCGGCGCCCCUAGCGCGAAGGACAAGCCGCCGCCGGGCGCCGGGGCCAGGGCAGCGGGCGGCGCCAAGGCCGCUCCGGGCCCCAGGAGGGCGGCGCGCGCGGUGCCCGCCGAGCCGCUGCCCCGGGUAGGGAAGCCGCCUCCCGGGGCCGAGCCGCCGUCCGCCGCUGCCAAGAGCCGAAAAGCCAAACGCGGCUCCGGGGCGGCUCCCGCCCGCACCACCGGGCCCCUGGUCCCCGCCGUCCCGGUCCCGGCCGUGAUCCUCGCCGUGACCUCCGUGGCCGGCUCGCCGGCCCCCGGCUCGCGCAUCAGCCACACCGACAGCAGCUCCGACCUCUCCGACUGCCCAUCCGACCCCCUGUCAGACGAGCAGCGCCUACUCCCUGCCGCCAGCAGCGACGCCGAGUCCGGCACAGGCUCCAGCGACCGGGAACCCCUGCGAGGAGCUCCCGCAACAAGCCGCGCAGCUCGGGGGGCGCCGCCGGGCAGCCCGGAGCCCCCUGCCCUUCUCGCCGCGCCCACCGCCGCCAGCGCCUGCCUUGCGGGACGGAGCAGCCCGAGUGGGGUCCUUGUGGAGGAUGCCGGGGGGCGCGCGCCGCUGGAGCGAAUGGUCCCUGGGACCCCCAAGGAGCGCGGCCAGGGCGAGCAGCCCCGGCUGGUGCAGGCGGCGGAGGAGGAGGAGCUGCUGCGGGAGAUGGAGGAGCUGCGCUCGGAGAACGACUAUCUCAAGGAUGAGUUGGAUGAACUCCGUGCUGAAAUGGAAGAGAUGAGGGACAGUUACUUGGAAGAAGAUGUUUACCAGCUGCAGGAGCUGCGGCGGGAGUUGGACCGUGCCAAUAAAAACUGCCGAAUCCUGCAGUACCGCCUCAGGAAAGCAGAGCAGAAGAGUCUGAAAGUGGCUGAGACUGGGCAGGUGGAUGGCGAGCUCAUCCGAAGUCUGGAGCAGGACUUAAAGGUCGCCAAAGAUGUGUCCGUCAGACUGCACCAUGAGCUUGAAACUGUGGAGGAAAAGAGAGCGAAAGUGGAAGAUGAGAAUGAAACUCUCCGACAGCAGAUGAUUGAAGUGGAAAUCUCCAAACAGGCCCUUCAGAACGAGCUGGAGAGGCUGAAGGAGAGUUCCCUGAAGAGAAGAGGUAGCCGGGAAACAUACAAAGAAAAGAAGGCCUUCACCCAGGAUGACAGUGCCGACCUGAAAUGCCAGCUCCAGUUUGCCAAGGAGGAGGGCUCGCUGAUGCUCAGGAAGAUGGCUAGGCUGGGACGGGAGAAGGACGGGCUGGAGCAGGAGCUGCAGAGGUACAAGGCCCUCUACGGGGAGGUGGACAGCCCCCUCCCCACAGGGGAGGCCGGUGGGCCACCCAGCACCCGGGAGGCGGAGCUGAAGCUGCGGCUGAAGCUGGUGGAGGAGGAGGCCAACAUCUUGGGCCGCAAGAUCGUGGAGCUGGAGGUGGAGAACCGGGGCCUCAAAGCGGAGAUGGAAGACCUGCGGGGCCAGCACGAGCGUGAGGCUGUGGGCCGGGACCCCCUCCCCGGCCUUCCUACCUCCCCCUUCGGUGACUCCCUGGAGUCUUGCACUGAGCUGCGCAGACACCUGCAGUUCGUGGAGGAGGAGGCGGAACUGCUGCGGAGGUCCAUCUCCGAGAUCGAGGACCACAACCGGCAGCUGACGCACGAGCUGAGCAAGUUCAAGUUCGACCCGCGGCCAGAGCCUGGCUGGCUGGCUGAGGGCGCCAGGGGGUUGCCCCUGCAGGACGAGCUGCAGGCGGCGCGGCUGCAGAUCAGUGAGCUGAGCGGGAAGGUGCUGACGCUGCAGCAUGAGAACCGUGUGCUGCUGUCCGCCCAGCGCUGCGCCCCAAGCCCCCGUGACAGCGAUGCUGACAGCGAUGCGGGCAAGAAGGAGAGCGAUGGGGAGGAUGGCCGGCCACCUCAGCCCCGGCGGGAGGGCCCCAUUGGCGGUGAGAGCGACUCGGAAGAGACCUUUGAGAAAACAUCGGGCUUCAGCAGUGGGAAGCCAUCGGAGGCCAGUGAGUGCCCGGCAGAGCUGCUGAGGGCCCGAGAGGACUCAGAACGCCUGGCGAGCAUCAGGCAUGAGGCCGAGCGGCUGGAGCGGACGGUGGAGCGCAUCAUCGCUGACACCGAUGGCUUCGAGGACACGGUGCUGCAGGGCAGCGAGACCUCGCCCGGGGCCGGGGAGAGGGGAGCGGGGGCGGACAAGGCGCCCCAGCUGCUGGGGACCCUGAACACGAGGAUGAAGGCUUUCAGGACAGAGCUCCAGGCCUUCCUGGAGCAGGUGGAACGGCUGGGGGAUGGCCUGAGGGAGCGGCUGGAGGGCCUGUCCCCGCUGCCCCACCUCACCGAGUCGUCCAGCUUCCUGUCCACUGUGACCUCCGUAUCCCGGGACUCCCCAGUCGGGAACCUGGGGAAGGAGCUGGGCCCGGACCUGCAGUCCAAACUGAGAGAUCAGAUGGAGUGGCAGGAACGAGGGGAGGAGCGAGGGCACCCGCAUCUCCGAGCCGCACGGGAACUGCACCGCCGAGCCGACGGGGACGCUGGGAGCUGCCGGCCUGGAGCCCAGAGCUGCUUCAACCUGGAGAUGGCAGAGGAGCACCUCUGUGCCCUGAGGUGGAAGGAGCGAGAGAUGCAGGAGCGAACCUGGGCCGACGAGAGGCCUCUGGUACAGCAGGAGCUGCGGGCCCUGAAGCAGCAUGUCUUCCUCUUCUACGUCAAGCUCAGGUGGCUGCUGAGACGCUGGCGGCAGGGGAAGCAGCUGGAGGAGGAGGCGGACGACUCCACCGAGUUUCAGAGCGAGCUUCCAGAGACCUUUCCCAGGCUCGGGGAGCUUGGGGUCCAGGGGGACCCCAAGCUGGAUGGUCCAGACCAAGAUGAUGACGGGCCAGGCUGUGGCUUCUCGCUGGGGGAGCAGAUUGCUGAGCAUGGAUCAUGGCUGCAGCCCACAGACGGGGGACAGCCACACAGGCAGAUGGCGGAGAACCAGCCGCUGUUCUGUGCGCUCAAGGCGCUGCUGGAGGACCUGCGCUCAGAGCUGCGGGAGGAUGUGCGUGCGCGGCGGCGGCUGCAGCAGCAAUACGCCGGCGACAAGGCUGCCUGGGACGUGGAGUGGGCCGCGCUCACGUGCCGCCUGGAGCAGCUGGAAGCAAAGACGGAGAAGAGCUUGGGAGACAUGGGCUCCAACGCCGACAGCAAAGGGGCGUUCAGGAAGGAGAGGGAGGCACACCAGAAGCUCCUGGCAGAUAGUCACGGGCUGGUCAUGGACCUGCGCUGGCAGAUCCACCACAAUGAGAAGAACUGGAACCGGGAGAAGGUGGAGCUCCUGGACCGCCUAGACCGGGAGCGGCGGGAGUGGGGGCGGCAGGAGAAGGAACUGCUGUGGAGGAUCGAACAGCUGCAGAAAGAACACAGUCCCCGGAGAGGUGGCAGCUUCCUCCGUGAUCAAAACGAAGGUGACGACCACUCCUGUGCCCACGCAGGGAUGUGGCCAUGCUCGGAUGCCGACUCCACUGCCUUUGAGGACCGGCCGCUGUCCAAGCUGAAGGAGUCCGACAGGUGCUCGGCCCGGGAGAACCUCUACUUGGAUGCCCUGUCUCUGGAUGAUGAGCCCGAGGAGCCCCUGGCCCAUGGGCCACAGAGGGAGUUCAGGAACUGCUUCCCUGAGGAAGAAGAAAAUCACAAGGGAAAUCUUCAAAGGGCUGUGUCCGUGUCGUCCAUGUCAGAGUUCCAGCGCCUGAUGGAUGGCUCGCCCUUCCUGCCAGAGAAGGGCCUGCCAGCGGCCAGCAACAAGGAGGAUAUCACCCCACCCCUCUCCCCUGACGACCUCAAGUACAUCGAGGAGUUCAACACCAAGAGCUGGGACGAUGGGCCCCCAGACCCCUGGGCGGACAGGACUGAGGGGGUGCGAGAGGGGCCCGAGUUUGGUGCCGAGCCUUUCCCUGAAUCUUCUUGGUACCUCACCACGAGUGUCACCCUGACCACGGACACCAUGACCAGCCCGGAGCACUGCCAGAAGCAGCCCCUGAGGAGCCUGGUCUGCACCGAGCAGGCCGGGGUGAGGGUGCUGCACAGCCCACCUGCCGUGCGCAGGCUGGAUGGGAUCAUGGCGGCAGGUGGCGAGGGCAGGGUCCGCGGGAGCCCAGGGGACACCAAGGGGGGCCUCUCAGAACAAGUGCUUAGCAGGUGGCCUUGUGCCGCCUCCAGGCACCCCCGGGACUACACGGAGGGGGGGCUUCAGCCCCUUGACAGUGCCCUGGGCAACCCCCUAGGUUUCUCCUCCUCUCUGCACAGCCUGGAGAUGUCCAAGAACAUGAGUGACGACAUGAAGGAGGUGGCCUUCUCCGUCAGGAACACCGUCUGCUCUGGCCCAGGUGAGCCUCCAGUCAAGGACAUAGCCUGUCAGACCAACGGGUCCCGGACGACGGGGACACAGACUGUUCAGACCAUCAGCAUCGGCCUGCAGACCGAGGCCCUGCGGGGCAGCGCCAUCACCAGCAGCCCCCACAAGUGUCUCACGCCCAAGGCAGGCAGUGGUGCCACCCCCGCAUCCUCUCCAUCACGCGGCCUCAGGAGCAGGCAGGUGGCCCCAGCCAUCGAGAAGGUGCAGGCCAAGUUUGAACGCACGUGCUGCUCCCCCAAGUAUGGGUCUCCCAAGCUGCAGAGGAAGCCCCUCCCUAAAGCUGAGCAGCCAAAUAGGACUUCCCCAGGGCUGGGGCAGAAGGGGUGCAGUGAGUCAGCCUGGGCCCGCUCCACCACCACGCGGGAGAGCCCUGUGCACACCGCCAUCAACGAUGGCCUCUCCAGCCUCUUCAACAUCAUCGACCACAGCCCUGUGGUGCAGGACCCCUUCCAGAAGGGGCUGCGGGCUGCCAGUCGGUCUCGCUCAGCAGAGCCCCGGCCAGAACUGGGCCCAGGCCAGGAAACCAGCCCCAGCUCCCGGGGACGGUCACCCAGCCCCAUCGGGGGCGGCUCUGAGACGUGCAGGGAGGAAGGGGGCGAGAGCACGCCUGUGAGGCAGGACCUGUCUGCUCCCCCCGGCUAUACACUCACUGAGAACGUCGCCCGGAUCCUCAACAGGAAGCUGUUGGAACACGCCUUAAAGGAGGAGCGGAGGCAGGCUGCCCACGGCGCCCCCAGUCUCAGCGGAGACAGCCAUGGGGGAGAAGCGGUCAGAGCCGAGCCAGUGUCCAUCGAGGAACUACCUUGUUCUGCACUAGCUCCAUCCCUAGAACCCUGCUUCUCCAGGCCCGAGAGACCAGCAAACCGUCGCCCUCCGUCCCGUUGGGCCCCACAUUCCCCCACUGCCUCACCAGUUCCGUCACCCGGGGACCCGACCUCCUUGGAGGAGCUAGGCGAUGAGGAGCCACGGGAGAAGCCACACCUGUGAUGCAGGUUCUCAUGGAUAAUCCGGAAUAAUUCACUGUAAUUUGCAACACCAUGCCGUCAUCAACCGAACUCUGCCCCCAAAAGGAGAGAUCUGGUUUUCUCAAGGUCAAAGAAUGUUUUUUUUAAAAAAUUACACAGCUGCUGAAUGUUCAACCUGUGAACCUGAGAUGUUUCUAGAAUGAAACAGUCAAUGUGCCUGUAAGAACUUAAUUUUUUUCAUAGCUCAGAAAACUAUUUUUGUCUCCAUCUUUUUUUACACACAGUAUAUUAAAGGUAAAUAAGAUAUAAAUAAAUUUAAAAAAGGAGUAAGUUUUAAAGAUGUACAUUUUACGAGAUUCUGAAUACCCUCACUCUCGGUACCGACUGCCUCUCUGUUAAAUUUGCACUGUUAACAUUCUGGUUUGGUUUAUUUCCACAUUGUUUUAAGUUAAUUUCAUUUUGUCAAUUGUUCUUGUUUAAGAAUUUCUGAAAUGCUUCAGACUGUCUGAUUCAGUGGACUUUUUGUAAUGAAAAAACCGUCUGACACCGGCAGACAGGGCAGAUCUCCUGUAGCCUGAAGGAUGGAAGGCAGCAUCCUGGAAGAGGCACUGAGGCCUCUGCUGGGCUCCCACACUCGCUGUGCAAUCCACAUGUUCUUCUCUGCCUGCACGUCUUGGGGCUCAAAGCACUGGGUGCAUGUACAUACCGCCACGGGGUCCCCCCACCGCCUCCGUGAGUCCUGUCCCACGUGACACGCCGUCAGCUCCCUUCUGCACUGUCACUGUUGUCCUCGUGCACCAAUGAUACAACAGCAAGGCAUUUUUUUACUUAUUGUUAAAAGAUUAACUGGCAUUAUACAGUGUUUACUCAAAAUUUUUCUUGUUUAAGGAAAAACACUACAAAAAGUCAUGAGGAAGCCAAAUGGAAAGAGAGGGUGGUGCCUCAGAGUCUGUAUGAGACAAUGAUGAAGAAAUAAAGCCUUUCCAAGUCGGUGCCUGUAGGAC